UUCCAUGGCAACCAAUUAGUUAUUUUUUUUAAAAACUCGGAACGGAAAAAACGAACAUACGAUGCUGAUUUUUAGGUAUUUUACGAUAUUAUUUAUUAUCUUUUAUCAAAAUCUUACAAAAAAAUUACCGAAUUACAAUUCGAAAAAUUUGGAAAAUGCGACACGUUCGCAAUGCACUAAUUUACAAAAUAUUGAAGAAGUUAUUCCCGUAUUAAUUAUGACAGAAAAAAACGAAACAAUUUUAUUGCCUUGUAAAGUUUGUUCGGAAAAUGAAACAUAUUCUUCCAGAGUUUGGAAAAAAGAGGAUUUUUCUGGCUCACUAAAUAAAGUCAAAACUGAUCUUCAUGAUGAUGAUGAUACGAACCGAAUCAUCGUUAACGAAAACCAUGAGCUGAUCAUCAAAAACAUAACUGUGGAUGAUGUUGGAUUUUAUUUUUGCUACGAUUUAGAUAGCAAUUAUACAAAAUUAAAAUAUUUAGUCGAUAUUUUAAACGAAGAUAAUGUUAAAUUGGCUUAUUUAAAUACUACUGCAGUCUUCAAUUUAACAGCAGCUGCUAUACCUUACUUGGAGCCUUGUCAACAUAAGAAAUCCAUUCAUUACUUGAAGAACUACGAGUGUACUUAUAAAUGGGAAUCUUGGGGCCCUUGCGACCGUUGUCUCUCAAUUGGAGAAAGGAGGAGAAUAGGACGAUGUAGACUGCGGAUGAAAAUCAAAAUUACAAAAGUAAUUCUACUGGAAAAUAAAGAUGUAGAUAAAACAAUAGAUUAUUUCUUGCCUGUAUUCAGCGCCGGUUGUCACUCUUAUAUUUUUGAUAAUGAUGAAAGCGCUAAAAAAAUUUUUGAAAAGAUACCAAAUAUUAUAGUAAAAGAUCGAUGUCAAACUAACUGUG